AUGCCGGUCUUUCUGCAGACGAAUGGCCUCUAUAUCGCCAGUAGCAUAGAAUCCCUGCAGCAUGUUCUGGGGGACUAUGGACUGGUGAGGCCCGUGUUGACGGACUCAGAGGGCCGGUUCCUGUCUCACGCUAUAUCGGUUGGUGAAGCAGGCGGGCAGUUCCGUAGGCGCUGGCGUAGAGAGGCGGCGACAGCAGCAGAGGGCCACACCCAGGCCGCUGAACCGCACUCCGACAAGCCCCAUGAGAGACUCUUCUACAAUGUCACCAUCUUCGGCCGGGAGUUUCACCUGCGUCUGCGGCUCAACAAGCAACUGGUGGCUCCCGGAGCCAAGAUGGAGUGGCAGACAUCAAAGGGCACACGUUCGUUCCCGCUGAAGAGCGACUGCCUGUACGUGGGUGAUGUUACGGAAGUGGAGGGUGCUUCGGUGGCCAUAAGCAACUGUGAUGGACUGGCGGGGAUGAUCAAGACCGAGCAGGAGGAGUUUUUCAUUGAACCGGUGGAGACAGGACACAAUGUGAUGGAGCAGGAGGAUGGAGGAGAAGGACGGCCUCACAUCGUCUAUCGCUCUGCUGCCGUGAAGAAGCCUCCAGUUAGCCCUGAGGCUGCAGACCUUCACUCCCGAGGUGCUGAUCUAGGUGUGCUGAUGGAGCUGGAGACCUUGUACCAAGGAGUGGAGAGGAGCCUGAACCAGAGCAGACGUGCCCGCAGGCAGUCACCGGAGCGUGCCUACAACAUUGAGGUGCUCCUGGGGGUGGAUUACUCUGUGGUGCAGUUUCAUGGCAGGCAACAUGUGGAGAAAUACCUGCUAACGCUCAUGAACAUAGUCAAUGAGAUCUACCAUGAUCACUCACUGGGUGCUCGCAUAAACGUGGUGCUGGUCCGAAUCAUCAUGCUGGACGAUGAGAAGUCGGCGAGUCUGAUUGAGGUGGGCAACCCGUCUCAGAGUCUGGAGAAUGUGUGUCACUGGGCGUUCCGGCAGCAGAAGCCCGAUACUGGCGAUAACGAGUAUCACGAUCAUGCCAUAUUCCUCACACGCCAAGAGUUUGGGCCCACUGGGAUGCAGGGUUAUGCUCCUGUGACAGGCAUGUGUCAUCCCGUACGCAGUUGCACUCUGAACCACGAGGACGGCUUCUCUUCCGCUUUUGUAGUUGCUCAUGAAACCGGCCAUGUAUUGGGAAUGGAGCAUGACGGCCAGGGGAAUCGCUGUGGAGAUGAGGUGCAGAUGGGGAGCAUUAUGGCCCCAUUGGUGCAAGCUGCCUUCCAUCGCUUUCACUGGUCCCGCUGCAGCCAGCAGGAGCUCGGACGUUAUUUACAUUCCUACGACUGUCUCCGUGACGACCCGUUUGAACAUGAAUGGGAGGAUCUGCCACAGCUGCCAGGUCUUCACUACUCUAUGAAUGAACAGUGUCGCUUUGACUUUGGAGUGGGCUACAUGAUGUGCACAGCGUACCGCACAUUUGACCCGUGUAAACAACUCUGGUGUGCUCACCCAGACAAUCCUUUCUUCUGCAAAACCAAAAAAGGCCCUCCCAUCGAUGGAACAAUGUGUGGAGAUGGGAAGCACUGUUUUAAAGGGCACUGCAUUUGGCUGACUCCUGACAUUAUAAAGCAGGAUGGGAACUGGGGCAUGUGGAGUGAGUUUGGCUCAUGCUCACGCUCCUGUGGGAGAGGGGUGCGUUUCCGCACUCGCAAGUGUGACAACCCACGUCCUGCCAAUGGGGGGCGCACUUGCAUUGGUGCAAACUACCAGUUCCAGCUGUGUAACGCACAUGAGUGUGAGGAUCCAUUCAGUGACUACAGGGCGGAGCAGUGCAGCAUGUGGAACAAUAACUUUGACCAUCACAACACCAGGCACCACUGGCUUCCAUACGAACACCCAGACCCUAAACAGCGCUGUCAGCUGCACUGCCAGUCCAAAGAGACCAGAGAUGUGGUGAACAUGCAAACCAUGGUUAAAGAUGGCACACCCUGUUCCUACAAAGACCCCUAUAGUGUGUGUGUGUAUGGAGAGUGUGAGAAAGUAGGCUGUGAUAAUGUAGUAGGCUCCACACUACAGGAGGAUAAGUGUGGUGUGUGUGGAGGGGAUAAUUCCAAAUGCAAACCUCAUAAGUUCACCAUCAAUCGCAGUGGAAAGAAAGGUUUUCUCAAAGUGCUCGAAGUACCGAGAGGAGCCCGCCAUCUGCUUAUCCAAGAACUGAAAGCAACUCCACACAUUCUGGCUGCGAAGAACAAAGCUUCUGGUCAGUUUUUCCUAAACGCUGAGGGAGAGUACGCACAGACAGGCACUAUCAUCGAGAACGGUUUAGAGUGGGAAUAUGAGAACAAGAAUGAUAAAGAGACGCUCCAAACCAACGGGCCCCUGAGAAACGAUGUGCUCAUCAUGAUCCACUCGCGUGGGACCACGAAAAUCUCGCUGUCUAUAAAAUACAUCACAGACAAUUCCAACGAUAUCAACGUGGUGCCUGACAACAACCAGCCCUACGAGUGGGUCGUUAAGAGGUGGACACCAUGUUCCAAGACCUGUGGUGGAGGUACACAGUACACACGCUACGGCUGCCGCAAGAAUUCAGACAGAAGGAUGGUCCAUCGCAGGUUCUGUGAAAACAUCAAAAAACCGCACGACCUUAGCAGAGACUGUAACCAGAGAGAAUGCCCUGAGCCCAUCUGGGUGACGGGUGAGUGGGAGCCAUGCAGUAAGUCCUGUGGAAAGUCAGGUUAUCAGGUGCGCUCUGUGCGCUGUGUCCAGCCUCAGGAAGACGGCAAGACCAAACCCAUCCGCAGCAAAUACUGCAACGAUGAACGGCCCGUGUCCAGGCAGGCCUGCAACAGAAAACUCUGCCCUGCAGAAUGGAAAGUGGGCCCAUGGUCACAGUGCUCAGUCACAUGUGGUAAUGGGACCCAGGAGAGGCAGGUGCUGUGCCAUACACGUGACAACACCAUUGGGCUGUGUCUGGACUCAAAGCCAGAGACCAUACGACCCUGCAGACUCAGCCUGUGUCCAAGGUACCCAUCAGACUUCAACAAACACGGCAACUUCUUGAUCCAGUGGCUGUCGCGUCCCGACCCUCGCUUCCCAGUGCAAAGGAUCACCUCAAGGCAGCGUUGUCAUAGAGACAGAUCAGUGUUCUGUCGCAUGGAGAUACUUCAGGAGUAUUGCUCACUCCCAAGCUUCCAGAGAAUGUGCUGCAAAUCCUGCAGUGAAACUAAUGUAAUCAAGGCAGCUAUUCCAGUCAGUUCUCCGCGGACAACCACUAUCCCCAGCAUCACAGCAACUCCUCCUCUCUUAAACUGGAGAAGCACCACCAUUAAACCUCAUCAAACAACUGCUUGGCACACUGUGAAUCCUAUGACAACUCUGAGAUAUCCAUCUAGUACCAUUUCAACCAAUAGUCACCAAUACACCACUCCUAGUAUCCCUCCCACAACUCUGAGAAGCCUCUAUACCAUACAAAGCAAAUCUUCUACAGUCCCAACAACCCUCUUCCCUGAUGCAGGUCACAAUACCAGCUUUGUAAUUAAUGAUGUCACCACAGAUAGUGCUGUGUUUACUGAUGAAGGGACUGCUGAUCCUUUCAUCGGUACUGGCAUGGAUGACUUCACUAUAGCUUCCCACAAUACAGUGUUACUAGAGGAUUACACGAUAAGCAGAAGCACACCCACUAUUAAGGACACAGAUAUAUACCACACUGUUGUAGAAAGUGAGGACAACACUGAACUGAGUACAUCAGGUUGGCUGGAAGUCACAGAAUACACAAAUGCCAACAUCAUUUUCCCGUCUUCAACGGCAACAGCAGAAUUGUCCACAGAAGGAACAACAAGGCCUGCAGCGACUGUUACCACAGCAUCCAUCACAGCUGCAUCCAUGACAUCACUGAGAAGGGAGGAGACAAGUGAGAACAACUCCAUCGACAUUCCAUACCAAGUAGUCAGAGUGGACAAUGAAGUUCCCCAAAGCAACAUCAUCUCCAGGAAGGGACGCGUCUCCCUGCGUGAACGAACACGCAACAAACGCAUUCAGGAGCUCCUCGAAGAGAAACGAAACUUUCUCCUUCGAAUGAAACGAGGUCCCUCGGUUUGA